CAUACACAAAUGUUUGAAUGUGCAUUCACAUUUUUUAAAACUGCGUGCACAAAAUUAUUGAUUUUUUGCUGCAAUGGUGUGCCAUACAGCCAGUCCCACAUCAGCUUUGUCCUUGACGUAAGGCAUCGAAAGAUAGCUUUACGUAACUUUUGAUUUCUAAAAAUCAAGAAAACAUGUUUCCUAGACACUUAAGAUGAAUAAAAUUGCUUUGACUAUAAGUGGAGUUAAUUCAAUCAAUCGAUUUGGUAUCUACUUCAAUUCCCUCAGUAAAAUGAAGCUAAAUUUUUGUAGCAGCUGCUAAAAGAUGAAUAGUGUCUGCGAAACAAAAACAAAACAAAUGUCGUGUAAGCAAUUCUCAAAAAUCAUGUAAGCAUAUUAUAAGUGUUACUUAUCAGUCGACACCAACUGAAAUCUAUAGGUUAAGCAAAAACGAUAGGAUCUGCUCGAUAGAAUCCUACAAUCAAGAUAUCCAAAAUUUUGUUCUUGUAAGGGAUUUCAGUCUGUAUAAAAGGUUUAUCAAUAGCCAAAUUCAGUUGCAGAAGAGUACUACUUCAAUCAGCAGCUUUCAAGGUAAGUUAUUUUUAUAUCUCACUUUCUAUAUAUUUGCUACUUUAUGUUUUUCUAUGUUUGUAAUAGCUCGUUUGAUAUAUUGGGUGAGAAGGGGGUCUUUCAUCUACGAUGUUUUGGACGUCAUCGGUGUUAACUUGUUGUUACAUUUCAAAAUAAUGAGUUCCUUGACAUAUAACUAUUUUAGAUUUCUCCAUAAUUAAAAAUAACAGUCAAUACGGAAUAUAUCAUGAGGCAUCUGAACAAUCAAGCUAAAUUUUCGGGCCUCUUUACAAUGAAGUGUGAUUGGUUGGGUUAACCAAGCGUAAUCUGUUUUUCUACAUAAGUCAGGGUGUUAAUAAUAAUCUUUAGCUCUAAGAUUUAAGCUUAAGGUAGGAAAACCUUUUCUUAGACCUAUUAAUAAGUCAAGCUAAAAGAUUGUUUAGAAAAUGCUAUUGUUUAGCUUGCGGUGAGAUCUAAGUUAAGAUUAAGCUAAAAAAUGAAGACUUAGGACUGCCAAGAUCCUCGGUUAUUCUAGAAAAGAUGACUGUUGAAUAGAAUCUGCAUCGACCACUUUUAAUAAUAUCAUUCUAAUAACAUAAUUUUAAUAUCACUCUUGAUUCAAUCCAGGUAAAAACUUAUUAUAACUAUGUCGAAACUGUUCACAAAGCUAACAAAGAAAGAUAGCAGUGAAAGAAAGGAGAAGAAACGCGAAGCAAAAGGCAGCAGUGGUAAAGAUGCUGCCCCAAAAUCUGACGUCAUUUCCGCAACGAUACUUGGAGCAGUUUCAGAUAGCAAAGCAAUUUUAACAUUAAGUAGGACACUAAAGAGAAAUUCGGUGAUACAUAUUGAUAACCACGCCAGUGUAACUGGAACACAGGGGGAUGAUGAAGCAACAAAUACGAAGUCAUUAUUGGAUUAUCUAAAGAGACCAAACACCAAUUGCCUGGUUGUCGUAGGCUCGCCCGAGCUGCAAAAGGUUUUCGAUGAUAGCGGAAACAGUAGAAUACAUAUAGCAGGAGGAAACAUUGCUUUCUGUGCAAAGACAUUAAACGCCCGAUUACGAGAUGAAGCUAAGGCAAAAAUGAUCUUAAUAUCAUUUUCUGAUCACCCGAAAAAUAUCCCAAAAUGUUUUAAAGGCUGUGAAUGCUUAAUCCUAAAAGAAAGCCAGCCAGAAGCUGAAAUUUCAAGAUUGAAUACAGAAAAGCUUGUCAGUGCGUUGAGGAGAAAAAGUGGUCAUAUGGGCAUAUCAACAAAGAGUUCUUAAGUUAUGACGUAAUAAAACAUAUUUAUAGUAUUUUUAACUUGAGCCAUAUGACCUGAAAGAGCAUGGCAGAAUACCGCGGAGCCGGGGGGAGGGGGAGGACUGGGGGCUACAGCUCCCUCCUUUUGAAAAAGCUAAAGAAUCAAGAAAUUGAACACCAUUCAAGCGUCUUUUAAUUCGGUUUUACCCCCCCCCCCCUCCGCCUCCCAUUUUCUCAACGCUUCACAGUGCCUGCCUAAAUGUGGGAAAACAGCUAGAGGGGUUUCAAAUUGGCUGCAACAUGGCAGUAUGAGCACAGGCACUUUCCAAUCAAAUCAUUAUAAUUUGGUAUUAGUUAUAAAAUGGAUAAUGAACUGGAUCAAAACAACAGUAACUACUGGCAAACUCUUUGUUCUUUCACUUGCUUUACUCUGUUCUUUUAGUUAAUUUGCGACAGAUAUAGCUUAUUUUUCAUGAUGCUAUUUAAGCUUAUUUCGAAGCUUAUUGAAAGCUUAUUUCUUGAAUGUCAAGAAAAUGCUCUUUAACGUUCUGAAAUCAAAGACAACAAUUCUAAAAGUAUAAAAAUAUAAUUUCCUGAUGUCAAAUUUUAGGACUCGUAUGUUACUAAAUAGUUGGUAUUUUUAUGACUUCAAGGAUUAGCACUGCCGACCAUUUCUUUGCAUAACUAACUGUACAUAUUUAAUUAUCAGUAUAAAUUAUAAAUGACGAGCUACGGGCGUCAACAUCACCUGCGUAAUUAAACCUCAUCAAACAGACAUCCUGAAUCACUAACAGUAAAAGUUAAAAUGUGCAUGCAAACAAGAGUAUAUACUCUCUAAAAGCUCUCUGCAACAAAAGGCCUUGAGCGAAUUUUACGCGACAAGUUCAUACCUCGUCAUUACAAUGAACGACCGUUUGGACGAAUCAGCUUCAUGACCCAAAUUAUGGUAGCAGACAAAAACAGAAUUUAAUAUUGUUUGAUUG